AUGGCCAGACGUGGACGUUCUCCAUCACCCGCACCCAGAAGGUCAUCAGUCCCUGCUAGAACACAACAGCGUGCACCAGCUCCACAACCUCAACCAACACAAGUAGCACAAGCGCCACAAGCACAACCUCAACAACCUGGAUUAUUUGCCCAAAUGGCUGCCACCGCUGGAGGUGUUGCCGUUGGUUCUGCCAUUGGUCACACUGUUGGUCAUGCAGUCACAGGAAUGUUUGGGGGCGGUGGAUCCCGGGAUGAGGUACAGCCUCAAGUUCAACAAGCGCCGCUAAUGCCAAUGGAGCAGAGUAGCCAGCAAGGUGGAGCGUGUGCUUUUGAAGUCAAACAGUUUUUGCAGUGUGCACAAAACAAUGAUGAUAUUUCUUUGUGUUCUGGAUUUAACGAGGCUAUUCGCCAAUGCAAGGAAGCUAACCGUUUGAUGUAA